AUGCGGGGCGCCUCUCUGGCCCUGGCGCUGCUGGCGCUGGGCCUGCUGGUCGCGGAGACCAGCGCCAUCAGGCUGUUCGACCACAAGCACCCCAUGAAGCGGGCUGUGGGGGCGGCGGCGGCGGGGGCGGGACGGCAAAAGCGCAAGGAGAUCGACGUGGAGCUGUUGGGUCGGGCCCACUUUGACCCCAACUAUGCUCACGAGGAUGAGCUGACGCAUGACGACCUGGGGCUGGAGGACCUGGCAGACCCCACAGACACACUCUUCCCCACCAUCGACGCCAACCACGACGGCAUGAUCAGCAGCGACGAGCUGCAGCGCCACCUGUUCCUCAACGGCAUCGCCACCAGCCACCGCCGCGCCGACGCCGAGUUUGCAGACACCGACACCAACAAGGACGGCAAGGUCACGCCGGCAGAGUACCUGGCCAGCCUGCUGGAUGACGACGACGAGGAGACGAAGAAGAAGAAGGCGGAGGUGGAGGCGGGGGCCUUCCCCUCGCCGCUGGACUACAGCUCCUACAUCGACGUCACGCGCGCCGCCCUCGCCUACGCCGACGUCGACCACGACGGCGGGCUGAGCAAGGACGAGUUCUGGAGCUUCCUCAACCCCGAAGGCGCGCGGCUGCCACUCCUGAUUCUGCUGCCGUGUUGCCUUGUGUGCACUUGUGUACUGCAUGCUGAGGACAACAACAUCAACCUGAAGCUGCACCGCCUGCGCCAGGACGUGUUUGAGCACCUGGCAGACCACACCAACGAGCACCAGCCGCCCCGCCUGGCCCUCACAUUCGACCAGUUCUAUAACAACUUCUGGUCGCAGUUCACUGUGUGGGAGACGCACGCGGCGGAGGACUGGUCGGAGGAGAAGGAGAAGCAGAAUGCGCAGCGCAAGUUUGAGAUGCUGCCGGCGUUUGCCGACCUGCACCCCACGGAAAGCCGCUACGCACGCAUGCAAGCGGAGCACAUGAUGGACAUGGCGGAGUGCAAGGACGACAGGCUGACGCUGGAGCAGAUGCUCAAGGUGCCGCACGCCUUCUACGGUGUGGUGCAGGAUGAGGGCGACCACAGCGAGUUGUGA